AUGAUGAACGACCUGGCUACUGAGCUAGGCAGGAGGAGACGAGCGGCUUGGGGAGUGUGUAAGAGCAUCGAGGAUGUAGUGAAGAAGACCAAGAACACACGGCUCCGUGCUCACCUCUUCAACACCACCGUAUUUCCUGCUUUGACCUAUGGUUCGCAAACCUGGGCAUUUCGCAAGCAGGAAGAAAACGCGGAAGAUCGCCGACCCGAUGGUGAGAUUUCUUCAAGAAGUCCUUCAAAGAAAAUUAUGAUGCUCUUCGUGUCCCACGCGAAAGGAGGAUCCACUGGCGACUCUGGCACGCGAUCGCGACAAAAGGAAGAAUUACUGGCGCCCGCUCGACCAGUUCGAAAAUCAAUGGGAGUCAAGGAAGCAGUAGAGUCAGCUUUGCUUUGCAGUACUGGAGAAGGUUUUGCUUUGCUAAAAAGUCUACUUUACAACUAUUAG